GAUUGGGAUGCUCACGCAGCAGCCUCGCUCCAUCCAUCUGUAAAAGCUGCUGAUGCCUCGCGACCACAGCAGUAUCUCCAGGGUCCAUCCAGCUGUGGCUCGCACACUUGCGCUGACGUCAGUCCUGCCCCUAGUUACAGCUGGGCCUUGGGGAAGUGCGGCGGCCAUCUUCGAUUGAAUCAUCCAGAGAGAGAGAGAGAGAGAGAGUGUGUGGGUGAGAGUAAAGGACGGAGUGAACAGCAGACGGAAACAGAACACAAGCAGCUUAACAGUCCAGGUUAUCUGCUGUCUGCUUGAAGUGUCACCGUUUAUUGUUGCGUUGCUGGGGACCAUGUAUUUAGGGCGGACUAAGCCCACUGUGAUCAUCCCGUUAGGGGUUCUGCAUCUGAUUUUGUUAUGGGCAGCCGGCAUUUGGGCAGCGAAAGUUAACAAGCACAAGCCUUGGAUAGAAACCACAUAUCAUGGUAUUGUAACAGAAAAUGAUAACACAGUCUUGUUGGACCCACCUUUGAUAGCUCUUGAUAAAGAUGCACCUUUACGAUAUGCAGAGAAUUUUGAGCUGACGAUCACCAAAGAAGGUGAGAUCUGUGGGUUUAGGAUCCAUGGACAGAAUAUUCCUUUUGAAGCGGUGGUGGUUGACAAAGGCACUGGUGAGGGUGCUUUACACUCCAAAGACAAACUGGAUUGUGAACUACAAAAGGAAUAUACAUUUACGAUCCAGGCGUACGAUUGCGGGGAAGGUCCAGAUGGAGCCAAUAUGAAGAAAUCCCACAAGUUAUAUCCGGAACAAUGACAAACUCAACUACAGCAAAGAGCGCCAGUAUAAACUUACAGUGACAGCAUACGACUGUGGGAAAAAAAGAGCUGCUGAGGAUGUUCUUGUCAAGAUAAAUAUUAAACCUACUUGCAAACCUGGAUGGCAAGGAUGGAGCAAGAGAAUGGAGUACGAACCUGGCACUGGCAGCUUGGCUUUAUUUCCCAGUAUUCAUUUGGAAACAUGUGACGAACCCAUCACAUCUAUUGAAACAACUGUAGAGUUGGAGACCAACCAUAUUGGGAAGGGUUGUGACAGGGAUACUUACUCUGAAAAAUCUCUUCAUCGACUUUGUGGUGCUUCGUCAGGUACUGUUGAACUUCUUCCUCCACCCAGCAGUACAGCAAACUGGACAGCAGGACUUUCAACUGAUAAUGGCCAUGACAGUGAUCAGGUCUUUGAAUUCAAUGGCACACAAGCUGUGAAGAUUCCAGAAGGCACAGUGAUUGAUAACUUGAAGGAACCAUUCACCAUUUCUGUAUGGAUGAGGCAUGGGCCUGGAGCCAGGGAGAAAGAAACCAUUCUGUGCAACUCUGAUGAGACAACAAUGAAUCGGCACCAUUAUUCUCUGUAUGUACAUAACUGCCGACUGGUUUUUCUGUUCCGACAAGAUCCGUCUGAGGCAGAUACCUACAAACCGUCAGAAUUUCACUGGAAGCUGGAACAGGUUUGUGACAAAGAGUGGCAUCAUUACGUGCUAAACACAGAGUUUCCUGCUGUAACGCUUUAUGUUGAUGGUGUCUCCUAUGAUCCUUUCCUCGUCACAGAAGAUUAUCCUCUUCAUCCUUCAAAGCUGGGAGCACAACUGGUGGUUGGAGCUUGUUGGCAAGAAUUUACAGAACAUGAGAAUGACAAUGAAACUCUAACAGAGGCUGAUGCAGGUGCAGAACAACGCCUGACCCAGUAUUUCCGUGGCAACCUUGCUGGUUUGUUGAUUCGCUCAGGUAAACUAGAGAGCAAACAAGUUAUCGAUUGCCUCUACACUUGUAAGGAGGGUCUCAACUUGCCUAUUGUAGAUGGAGUUGGAAAAGGGAUGAAGAUCCACUUCAAUCCUAGCCAGUCUGUGUUGUCUUUGGAGGGGGAUGAUAUUGACAGCUUCGAUAAAGCAAUGCAGCACAUUGCCUACUUAAACUCCCGCCAGUUUCCAACUCCUGGAAUUAGAAGGUUGAAGAUUUCCACCAAAGUCAAAUGUUUCAAUGAAGAAACCUGCAUCACUAUUCCUGAUGUUGAUGGAUACAUAAUGGUUUUACAGCCAGAGGAACCAAAGAUCAGCCUUAGUGGAAUUGACCAUUUUGCACGUGCAGCCUCGGAGUUUGAGAGCUCUGAGGGUGUUACCCUUUUUCCCGAACUCCGAAUCGUAAGCACCAUUACCCGUGAAGUGGAGCCAGAAGGAGAGGGAGAAGAUGAUCCUACAGUACAAGAAUCCAUGGUAUCAGAAGAGAUUCUGCAUAAUCUUGAUAGCUGUGAAAUUAGUGUACUGGGAGAUGAGUUGGAUCCAGAGCAGGAGAGCCUAGAAGUCGACAUGUUGCAACUCCAGCAGAAAGGCAUUGAGAUGAGUAGUUCCAACCUUGGCAUGAUCAUUUCAGGUGUUGAUACAAUGUCUAGCUAUGAGCAAAUUCUCCACUUAAUCCGUUAUAGAAAUUGGCACACUGCAUCCCUGUUUGAUAGAAAAUUUAAACUUGUUUGCUCAGAACUGAAUGGACGUUACAUCAGCAAUGAGUUCAAAGUUGAGGUAAACGUGAUCCAUACUGCCAAUCCUGAGGAGCACCCCAACCACAUAGUUGCACAGCCUCAGUUUGUACAUCCUGUACAGUCUGCAUCCUUACUGGGCCAUAACCCCGUUAAUCCUCACCCAUCAUCAGUUGUUCCCAGUGCUGCUACAAUUGUCAUCGUGGUGUGUGUCAGCUUCCUGGCAUUUAUGAUUAUUUUGGGAGUUUUCAGAAUCCGUGCUGCACAUCAGAGGACAAUGCGAGACCACGAAAAUGGGAAAGAAAAUGAAAUGGACUGGGAUGACUCUGCCUUGACCAUCACAGUAAAUCCCAUGGAAACAUAUGAAGAUCAGCACAGCAGUGAGGAAGAAGAGGAAGAGGAGGAGGAAGAGGAGAGUGAGGAUGGAGAGGAAGAAGAUGAUAUAACAAGUGCAGAGUCCGAAAGCAGUGAAGAGGAGGAAGGUGAACCAGAAGACCAGCAAAAUGUUAACAGACAGCAACAGUUGGAGUGGGACGACUCUACCCUUAGCUACUGACACAGGGUAUCUCACUGUACCUUUUUUGGCUCUUGAAGACUCCACUGUUCCACUCCAUUGUUCCUGAUGAUUCAUGGUGUAAAAAAAUCAUUUGAUGGUUAAGCUUUUGUUAUAUAUAUUUUUUUUUUGGCCAGAUGCUGAUUUAUAGUGGUCCAGCAUUUUCAGCAACCAUAUUGAAUUGUUUGUGCUAUGUCAGCUACUUUUGUAAUGCACAGUACCACUAGAAUGCAGCUAGGCCUCAGUCACUGGAUUUUUUACACUAUGUAAGGAACCACCUUGCACUUUUUUUUCAUCACAUCAUCUCAGCUGAAAGACACUUGGAAAGCAGGUUUGGUAGAUGUUGCACAUAAUUUUCUGAACUUAUUAUUUGCCCGGUUAAGCAACUCUGCUUUCGGUCUUUCUCCUGAAAAAAAAUGGAAAAAAAAAUUCCAUUGCACAUAAAGAUAAAAUCGCUUGGUCCAUUAAUUUUCAUGUAAUGCAUGUUUAAGUGGCAGAAACAAGGUCAAAACUGUAGCGGAAUAAAAGGACUUUUUAAUAUUUUGUAAAUACUUGGAAAUCCAUGUAUAAUUAUGUCAUUGUGAUGGUGAAAAGAAUUGAAAUGUUUAAAAAAAAUACUGGGUCAGAGUACAAGUGCUGAUUACAAAAGAAGCAAUGUAAUUUUGUGUGACAUUGGGACAGUGUACAAAUUAUUUGACUAACAUAAGGCAAGAACAGCUAUGUUAGCUGGUUUUAUUUUGCUUCAUUUCUAAUGGAGCAGACAAGUCCAUGGCAGCAGCUUGAGUGAUCCAGGUUUAUCUAUUCUUCGUGGCAGGAGGAGUCAUCUCUGCAGCUGAUUAAUCUCGAUUUAUGCAUCCCUUCAAAUAGAGCAGUGUAGUCUAUGAUUGAUGAUGCAUAACCUGUUUUUCUGUCUCCAACAAGUUCCAUUGGUUUGGUUGUCAUAAUUGAAAUAUAGUCCACUGUUUGCAUAAAAUGUGCUGACUUGCUUAUAAUCAGAUGGCAUUACCAAGGGGAGCACACACGUGCAAGACAGUGAGAGUGAUUUUUGUACUUGACUGAAAAAAAAUACCAGGCUUUGGCAUUUUGUUCAGCCUGUUAUGUUAGGUGAUAAAUGUAAUAUACGCAGGGUCCAAAGUUUCCAUCGCAAGUAAACAAUGAGUCAUUUUUUUAGCUUUUGUUCAAAAAGCCAGAUGCAGUCAUUAUAGAGACACUAUCAUGAGGAGCUGAUUUUAAUAAUGAGUGAUUAUACUCAUGAUUUGGCAUGAUUCCUCAAACUUUCGGGGAUUUUGUUAAUAGAAAAAAUUUUGUACAUUAACCUGUACUGUAGUUGUUCAAAGUCAAUUGUUUACCUUAAGUAAACGUGCCCCCUUCCUGGUAAUUGUGUGGUACAGGUCGUUCAGAGGAGAAAUUUAAAUCAUGUUCUCAUUUUGUUGCAGGAAAACUUCCUGCCUCUGUCUGUUUUGAAGAAUGUUCUAACUGACAUGGAACCGCAUUCUUAACAGGUGUGUGCUGCAAAGGUACAUGGAACUGCAUUCUUGGCAGGUGUGUGCUGGAAAGGUGCACAGAACUGCAUUCUUAGCAGGUGUGUGCUGGAAAGGUACAUGGAACUGCAUCCUUUGCAGGUGUGUGCUGCAAAGGUACAUGGAACUGCAUUCUUAGCAGGUGUGUGCUGGAAAGGUACACAGAACUGCAUUCUUAGCAAGUGUGUGCUUGAAAGGUACAUGGAACUGCAUCCUUUGCAGGUGUGUGCUGGAAAGGUACUUGAUACGCUUCCAUCUCCUGUAGUGACAGCUGUCAGGUUUACGAGGUGACAAAGCUUUGCAGGAGACACAUAGUUGCCUACUUUAGAUCAGUUUGCCCCUAGUGAUACACUAUUACUAAAACUAUUUUAUCCUUGAACUUGCAUUUGAAAGGGGAAAAAAUACAAAAGCUCAUUUUAACAUCUUGUGAAAUACUGACAUGCAGUUUGUCAGUAAAUAGCUGCCUGAAAUCAAGACUUAAUCCUGGUUAAUGAAUGUUGAGUUUUAGAUUUAUGUAAAUACGACUUUUGUUUUAGGCACAUUUUAAUGUUAAAUGAAUUCAAGCGGAGGUACUUAGAGUUUGGGAAAAACAUUUACACGAGACUUCUGUAGAAGGACAGCAGAUCUCUGCCUAACUUCUGGACAGCAGUUGUAGAACAGAUAUUUUGUUCCAUAUAAUACUGUUUGGCCACCUUCCAGGCAUUUGAGCCUAGUUUUGAAUGAGUGGUUUCAUCAGGCAAGCGGUGUGGUGGUUUUUGGGAGUGCCUUUUCGCCUUUCACAAAUAUUAAAUUUAGCUGUUAAAAUGCAUUUGCUCAGUUAACCAUUUCUAAGGGUGACUAAAAGUGUUCAUUUUUAAAAUGUGGGGGGAGAUGGUUUUAAUUACUUUUUAUGUAACAGAAAUUAGUUUUAACAAAUGCAAAUUUAACUUAUGUCUGACAUAGUUGUCUUGUGUUCAUGUCAGUGUGUAAAAAAAAAAAAGAAAAUGUCUUUCCAUAUACCGGCACUGUAGGUAUUGUAUCUAGGCUAAAUCUCUAAUGCUGAAAGGUUGUAAACUUUUUGAUCUGUAUGUAGCCAAUGUGGGUAUAACUUUCCAGAUCUGUAUAUGGUGAUAGGUCAGUUUGAACAGUCUCUAAGCUACAAUAAAUUUCCAGUUCUAAAUACUA